AUGCACGACUCGCAGAAUGAUCCCCGGAGCAGAAAAAGCAGACACGAACUCACGCCUGCGAACCUGUCGUCUACGAUACAUUUCACAGAGAUCCCAUUGCACUGGAACAAGGCCACUUUCACGUCGGUGGUAACUGGAUCAGGGUUCAUAGUCAGCGUGAACCUCAAGUACUUCAAGAACGAGGAAGUUGACAGCGAGAAUGAGAACGGCAACGGGAACGAUAUCGACGCAAGCAAGAACGCAGAUGACGGCGAAGGUGAAGGCCAAGGCGAUAGAACCGGCAUUGAGUGGAUAGAUGUCGAUUACAGGAACGCAUCUACCGCAAAUAGGGCCUUGAACUCGCUCAAUAAGAUUAGAAACUUCCCAUGCAAGAUGUCCGUAAUAAUUCCUGAGAAAUGGGAAGCAAAGAUGGAGAGGGAAGCCGAGCUAAAGCCCAUGGAGUUCACGAGAGACAGCUUCCCAUGGAACGACAGACUUGAAUUACCAUUUGAGAUGGUCAGCGAAGUGCCGUUGCCCAGAAGACCGGCACCAGUGGUUCAAACAACAGCAUCAACCGGCGACUCUUCCUCCUCCUCCACUACCAGCACCACUACAUCCCAGAACAACACGGCAUCCACCAAUGCUGCGUCCGACAACCUCGCAUCCAAGGCCAACGAAACCCCGGCAAACCAAAUACAGUUCCCAGAUAUCUUGGCCAGAGCCUCGAAACACCUUCCGGCCUACCAGCCCGGCUCGAUGACCGCUCCAGACAUCGUAUCGCAAAACUUGUCCAAGAUACCUACGCUACAAAUGAUAGAAAUCCUCUCCAACUUGAAGAUCCUUGCCAACCAGCAGAACAAGAUGCCGCAGCUCGAACAGUUCCUAAAAACCAACAUAGACCUCACCGUCGCUGUCACACAGGCAAUGCUCGAGAUGGGGCUGAUAAAUUAUCACGUGACUACAAAUGUCCUCCAAAGCAUGUCGCAUGCACCGCUACAAUCACCACCACCACCACCACCAGUACCAGCACAACCACAACCACAACCACAACCACAGCAGAUGAUGAUGCAUCCCACAGACAGCAACUCAAACAACAACGCAAACCAAACCCCAAUCCUCGAGCAGGCCGUUCCGGUCCAGCCUGUGGCAUCGAUGCCAGCACCUGCACUAGCACCAGCACCAGCACCUGCACCCGCACCGGCCACCGGUCCCCGCUUCAACGAACAAAAGCUUGCGUUGCUGCCGCAAGACCAACAGAACAUGAUCCGGACCGCCCUACAAAUGUCCAUCAACAACAUAGCGGCCCUUCCUCCAGAUCAACAGAAGCUAAUACAGCAGCUCAGAAACGACUAUCUUUUGUAG